UACCUGCGGGGUCACGCAUGCGCGCGGGGGGGCGGGGUCACGCGUGCGCCGUCAGACCGGAACCCCGCGGCGUCGGCCGGGAAAGGACGAGUUCGCGGGCCCUGCGAGCCGAGCGCCUCAAAAUCACCAUGUACAUAUCGAGGCGCUGCUGGCCCUCCUGUCUCCAGUGGGCACAGAGGGCAGCUGUCCUGAGACAUGUCCAGUGCAGGCAGCAGGAAGCGCACCGAUGUAAACAUCUGGGAGGCAGCACCUACCGAGCGGUGAUUUUUGACAUGGGCGGAGUUCUUAUUCCCUCUCCAGGGAAAGUAGCUGCUGAAUGGGAGGGUAGGAAUCAGAUCCCUCCUGGAACCAUACUAAAGGCCUUUGUCAAAGACGGUGAAAAUGGGAUCUGGAUGAGAUUUAUGAGAGGAGAAAUAAAAACAGACGAUUUCUUACAACAAUUUGGAAGACUUUGCUCUGAAAUAUCAAAGACCACCGUGCCUGUAGACUCGUUCUUCUCUCUCAUGACCAGUAAACAGAUGGCAAAGCAGUUCCCAGUGAUGACCGAGGCCAUUUCUCAGAUCCGGGCCAAAGGCCUUCAGACUGCAGUCUUGAGCAAUAAUUUCUAUCUCACCAAUGGGAAAAGCUUUUUGCCCCUGGACCGGAAACAGUUUGAUGUGGUGGUGGAGUCCUGUGUGGAAGGCAUCUGCAAGCCAGACACCAGGCUAUACCAGCUGUGUCUGCAGCGCCUUGGCCUGAAGCCCUCCGAGUCCAUCUUCCUGGAUGACCUGGGACAAAAUCUGAAAGCAGCUGCCAGCCUGGGCAUUCGCACCAUUAAGGUUGAUGACGACUUGGAGGCUGCACUGAAGGAAUUGGAAGCUCUUCUGGGUUUUCCAUUGCGUGCAGGUAUUCCCAACACACGUCCUGUGAGGAAGAAUAUGGAAAUCCCAAAAGAUGCCUUGGAGAAAUACCUCAAGGACUUACUGGGGAGCAGAGCCCCAGGUCCUCUAGAAGUCCUGCAGUUUGAUCAUGGACAGUCAAAUCCAACUUACUACGUCAGGUGGGCUGGCCGCCAGCUGGUGCUGAGGAAGAAGCCCCCAGGGGCUCUCCUUCCCUCUGCCCAUGCAGUGGAGAGGGAGUUCAGGAUAAUGAAAGCCCUGGCCAAUGCUGGCGUGCCUGUCCCCGCUGUUCUGGACCUCUGUGAAGAUUCCCGUGUCAUAGGCACACCCUUCUAUUUGAUGGAGUACUGCCCAGGUCUCAUCUACAAAGACCCCUCCCUGCCAGGCGUGGACCCCAGCCACAGACGAGCCAUCUACACUGCCAUGAACAAAGUUCUAUGCACCAUUCACAGUGUGGACCUGAAGGCCGCAGGCCUGGAAGGGUACGGGAAGCAAGGGGACUAUCUUCCCCGCCAGGUACAAACCUGGACCAAGCAGUACCGAGCCGCAGAAACCAGCACCAUCCCAGCCAUGGAGAGGCUCAUAGAGUGGCUGCCACUCCACCUCCCCCAGGAACAGAGGACCACGGUGGUGCAUGGGGACUUCAGGCUGGACAACCUGCUGUUUCACCCAGAAAAGCCUGAGGUGCUUGCUGUCCUGGACUGGGAACUUUCCACCUUAGGCGACCCCCUCUCGGAUGUUGCCUACAGCUGCCUGGCCCACUACCUGCCAUCCAGUUUCCCAUUGCUUAGAGGCUUCCGUGACCAGGAUGUGAGGCAGCUGGGGAUCCCCAGUGUGGAGGAGUACUUCAGGAUGUACUGUCUUCACAUGGGCCUCCCUGCCAUCGAGAACUGGAACUUCUACAUGGCCUUCUCCUUCUUCCGUGUGGCGGCAAUCCUACAGGGAGUCUACAAGCGGUCACUCACAGGGCAAGCAAGCUCAGCGACUGCGGAACAGAGCGGCAAGCUGACUGAAUUUAUGUCCAACCUGGCAUGGGACUUUGCAACCAAAGAAGGAUUCCGGAUUUUCAAAGAGAUGCCGGCCACCAAACCAUUCACAAGGUCCCACCACGUAUGGAGCCGUGCACAGGGCCUGCUGAGCCCUACCAGCACGAGGAACUAUAGCUCUGUACCAGAAGCUUCCCCAGCUCAAGCUGCCAAGGGAGCUCUGGUCCUGUCUCCAGAAGGCCUCUCCCCGAGGGCCAGGAUGCUGUAUAACCGGCUGUGGGCGUUUAUGGAACAGCACGUGUACCCUGCGGAGCCAGAGCUGCAGCAACACCAGGCCUCCGCCGACAGGUGGAGCCCUUCCCCACUCAUAGAAGACUUGAAGGAGAAAGCCAAGGCUGAAGGACUUUGGAACCUUUUCCUCCCCUUGGAGACUGAUCCAGAACAAAAAUAUGGAGCAGGACUGACUAACAUGGAGUACGCACACCUGUGUGAAGUCAUGGGCAUGUCUCUGUAUGCGCCUGAGAUGUUCAACUGCUCUGCGCCAGACACAGGAAACAUGGAGCUGCUAGCGCGCUAUGGCACAGAGGAGCAGAAAGCCCGCUGGCUGAUCCCUCUGCUGGAAGGCAGGGUGCGCUCCUGCUUUGCCAUGACGGAGCCCCAGGUUGCCUCAUCAGAUGCCACCAACAUCGAGUCUUCCAUCCAAGAGGAGGAUGGCGUCUACAUCAUAAACGGUCGCAAGUGGUGGAUCUCAGGCAUCCUGGAUCCUCGCUGCCAACUGUGUGUGUUUAUGGGAAAAACAGACCCGCAGGCUCCCAGGCACCAGCAGCAGUCCAUGCUCUUGGUUCCCAUGGAUACCCCGGGGAUACAGGUCAUCCGGCCUCUGACAGUGUAUGGACUGGAUGAUGCUCCAGGUGGCCAUGGUGAAGUCCAAUUUGAGCAUGUACGCGUGCCCAAGGAGAACAUAAUCCUAGGCCCUGGCCGUGGCUUUGAGAUUGCCCAGGGCCGUCUGGGGCCCGGCCGGAUCCAUCACUGCAUGAGGCUGAUCGGGUUCUCAGAGAGGGCCCUGGCUCUCAUGAAGGCCCGUGUGAAGUCCCGCAUGGCCUUUGGGAAGCCCUUGGUGGAGCAGGGCACAAUCCUGGCAGAUAUCGCCCAGUCACGAGUGGAGAUCGAACAGGCAAGGCUGCUGGUGCUGAAAGCUGCUCACCUCAUGGACGUGGCAGGGAAUAAGGCUGCAGCUUUAGAAAUUGCCAUGAUUAAAAUGGUGGCCCCAUCCAUGGCCUAUCGAGUGAUUGACCGUGCUAUUCAGGCCUUCGGAGCGGCAGGCCUGAGCAGUGACUACCCGCUGGCUCAGUUUUUUGCCUGGGCCCGAGCGCUGCGCUUUGCUGAUGGCCCUGAUGAAGUGCACCGGCUAACAGUGGCCAAGAUGGAGCUGAAGCCUCGGGCCUAGCCUUGUGGGAGUCCCUGCAGGCCAGCUGUACCACACUGCAAAUGAUGCGCUCCAUCUGGCACCUCUGUCAGCAACAGUCAUUGCCAACUCAGCCUUUCUGGAUCUUCACAGAAACCAUUUCCUUGUGAAGCUGUGACUUGCACUUCAGGCAAGAAGGAAGGGGCUCAGGGCAAGGGAUGCAGCAUAUCUCAGAGGCUUUGGGAACUUUCUAUGU